CAUCCCUAGCCCUAUCUCACCACCAGUGUUAAUUCUGCAUCGUGUCUAAUUGUAUUCGAUGUUAAAUUCUUUCAUUUUACGAAUUGAUUCAUAUACCGGAAAUAUUGAUGGAUAGCGAACCCUUAUCAGACGGAUAUUUGAUUGAUUUGGUUGAUAUUGAGUGGCUGGUAGAUGAAUUGCCGAAUGAUCAUAUAGUAGUUCCUGCGGAGAAGUUGCCAGACCCAGAAGCAGAUAAUGGUGAUUCUUAUUUAACACUGAAGGAGCAAGAACAAAAAUGGACUGACCUUGCAUUGACUUCACUUGCUCCAGAACUUUCUGUUUCUGAUCAGUUGAAUUUAAACAGUGGUUAG